AAAGGACAGAUGGAAAAAGGCAAAGUGCUUCUUUCACUAUUAAUUGUCAGUAUUAUUGGCAUUCUAGUUUUAGUGCACAUGAACAGUCAUACAUAUUACAUACAAGCUCCUCUAACAAUAAAAUCUCCUCCAUCAAAUAAUAAAUUCAAAAUCCCGGAGGCUUCAUAUUUAAUAACACCCAUCAAAGACUCUGAGCAUUUCAUGGUGUCUGCGUUUAUCGACCACAGACUGGAUGGGGUCAUUCGAGUCAUCAGCAUAAUCAACAGAAACAGUCUUCAGCCACUUUACUGUGUUCACUGCAGCGCUGAACAAGUCUGCAAAACUGUUCACACUGAGGUCCAGAUACACAGCGACCAUUUUAGCUUCCCGUAUGGUGCCUCAGAUGUGAUUUGUAAAGGUAAACACAUGCAAAAUGCAACUCAUGUCCUCAUAACUGACAAGAAAGAUUCAGUUGACCUCAAAAUGGAAUAUCUGCCAAUAAAAAAUAAGGCUGUACAAGAGACUUUCAAGUUUAACUUCACCGUUUGCAUCUCAAACCUUUUUGGCAACUACAACAAUGUACUGCAGUUUGCUCAAACGAUGGAGAUGUACACGCUUUUGGGAGUACAGCAUGUGGUCAUCUAUAAAACUGGUUGUGGACCAGACUUGAAAAAGCUCUUAAAACAUUAUGAAACAGAGGGGAUACUGGAGAUCGUUCCAUGGCCUAUCGACCAGUUUCUGAACCCUGCAUCAGGCUGGAACAUCAAGCACCACAAGGGAGACAUUCAGUAUUAUGGUCAGUUAGUAACACUCAACGAGUGCAUUUACAGGCACAUGUACCAGUCAAAGUAUGUUCUCCUGAAUGACAUUGAUGAAAUCAUCAUGCCUUACAAACACGCCAGUUUACCAUCUCUAAUGGAGGACCUCCAGUCUGCUCAUCCCAAUAUAGGGGUGUUCCUCAUAGAAAACCACAUAUUCCCUAAAACACAGUUUGAGGAGAGUGGGAAGUUCAAACGAGCAGAAUGGAAUAAUAUUCCUGGUGUUAAUAUCAUGGAGCACAUUUACAGAGAU